AUGCUUCCACCUCCUUUUGAAACAUACAAUACUGCUGAUAAACUUUUUCAAAAUACUCAAAAAUUCGCAAAUUCUCAGGGCUAUGCUCUAGUUAAAAAAAAAACUUGGAAAGAUAUGCAUGGUGAAUUAAAAAAUAUGACAAUACAUUGUGACCAAGGUAGUGUUUAUAAUAACCCUCAGGCUCAGUACAAUAACCUGUGGUAUUUGAAAGUUCGUAAUGCUAAGUAUAAUCAUAGUCCUUCAGAAGAUAUAUCAGGAUACCCUAUU